AUGACUGUGGUAGAUUCAACAGAGAGUUUGUCGAAUACAGCGUCAGUUUUGGUACCUGAGAACAUUAGACUUAGCCCUCACCGUGAAUCUUCACUGCCUCCGCCUGUAGUUGAUCCGGGUUCUGUUCGACCCAGUAGAUCUUCCAGUGCCUCCAGAGAGAACAGAGCAAGAAGUUCACGCAGAGGUCAUGGCCACAGAAACAGAUCCUCGGGCAGCCGAUCCCGAAGUCGGCAUCGACAUUCUAGCCAGCGCCACAGUCGACACAACUGUAGGAUGUACUUCAAGCACAAGGAGCGGAACUUUGCUGCUGCGCUGUGCAGUAUGAUCACAAUUGUUUUACUGUGUACAGCUCUGGAGCCAGACUGGGUUUAUUUAACAGGAGGCAAGUGUCACCUACUUCACAGCCCUGAGGGAAGCCUGAAACAGUUAAGCACAACACAGUUUUUCUACAAUGGACACUUCUAUAAGAACUACCCGCUGACUAAGAUAGAUGAUACAGUUUACAAGUUUGGAGACAGUUCCAAUGACAUCAUGGUUAACUGUGUGACUUACGAGACUGUCCUGCUCUUCAAAACAAGCAUUGCCUUCACCUUGAUUGCUGUUGUGUGCAGUCUGUUAGCUUUCCUUCUAGACCUGAUUGGACCAGAAUAUCAGGUCUUGAAACUUCUGAGACGAAAUGCAAUAUUUAACAUCCUUACAGUUGUGAUGUGUGUUGCAAUCGACAUGUUCACCUACUGGAUUACAUCCAAUGUUGAGAAGUUGCAGGUGUCCACACGUCUUCAUGAUGGCAGUAGAGUUGAGGUGACCUUUGAUGCCAGCUUUUACCUGAUAACAGCAGCAGGAGGCAUGUCAGUCAUUGGAACAGCUUGCAACUGCCUGCGCGGACAUUCUGUUUAUAAUAUGUCCGAUUCUGCCAGACAUGCCGAACAUGUUUAUUUUGAUGAUGUUGAAGCACUUUUACCACCGUUACCUAGUUCAGACUCGGGUUCUCAUUCUAACUAUCCCCCACCGCCUGCAUACACACCUUAG